AAAAGGCUCAGGUAUCUCACAUUUAGGCACAGAACAAGCCCUAGUUCUAAGAGAGACGUACUGUUCUAUAACUUUACACAAACACUGAGAAAAUGUUCGGAAAGGUGGUGGUUUUGUGCGUCCUAGUCGCAGUUGCUCGUGCUGGAUUGAUAGCUCCACACGGGGCUGUGUCAUCGCAGAGUAUUGUGCUGGGCACGCCUGCCAUUGCGCACGGAUAUGCCGCCCCAGCCAUUGCCGCCCCGGCUUACGGUUACGGCUUAGGACACAGCGCGGUCGUUGCACACGCAGCGCCGGUGCUGCGAGCGCCCUUGGCGUCGCUGGCGCACGCAGCCGCCCCUGUUGAAAUUUAUUCCCACCCCCGCUACCAAUUUAACUAUGGAGUCACCGACGGUCACACAGGCGAUCAGAAGAGCCAGUGGGAAGCGCGUGAUGGCGACGUCGUGAAGGGACAGUACUCUCUGGUUGAGCCUGAUGGCACCGUCCGUACUGUCGACUAUUCUGCUGAUGACCACAACGGCUUCAAUGCGGUUGUAAGCAGACACGGGCACGCCAGCCAUCCUGCAGCCCACGUGGUGGCUGCCCCAGCUCACGGACACUACCUCGGCUAGACCAAGACUACAACAUACUACGAUGACUAUUUAUUUGCAACUUAGCUUAAGCGAUGGAAGGCAUGACGCGCUGGAAAGGACUGACCAUUCGAUUUUCAUUCAUUAAAAGCUUAACCGAAACUUUUGUUUAUAUAAAGCGUUUGAUAACUAUUGUAUUAUAUUUUGUACGUAGAUUUUAAGGUUGUUAUCAGUAAAAUUAUGACUUGUCGAGUAUAUAUAAUGUCAGCGGGGCUUGUGGAAGGUGUUUGAAAGGAAAUAUAAU